GUUCUCACACACAGAUAAAGACAGGAGAAGGGUCUCCACUCCAUUUCUUCUUCACUGCAUUUGGGUUUCCUUCUUCUCACUCUUAACCCCAUUUCUCUCCACUUUAGAGAGAGAAACAGAGCAAGCAAGGGUAUUGUUCAUUUGGUGCAUUUUGGAGGUCUAGUUUUUGACAAAAAUGCUGAGGAAGAGAAAUAGAUCAUACCAAAAGGAUCAAAACAUGAACACUACAGGAACUGAUUCAACAUUGGGGCAUUUUCACUCCGAUGAUGUCUCGAAUCAGAAGCACAAAAAUACCUCCCUUUUGAAGGUUCCUGGCUUGUUUGUGGGAUUUAAUGCCAGGAACUCGGAUUCUGAUGCAGUGAGAAGCCCCACUUCGCCAUUAGAUUUUAGGAUUUUUCCAGUCUUAGGCAAUCCCUUUAGGUCUCUAAAAGCACAGAAUGAGGGGCACCACAAGAGCUGGGAUUGUAGCAAAGUAGGUCUAAGCAUUAUAGAUUCCCUCGACCACGAGCUUGAUCAGAGCAUCACCCAAUCAUCUGAUAACAAGAACAUUAUUUUAGGACGGCAUAUGAGUUUUAGAAGUCCAACUUUUUGCGGUUCUUUGGAGGCACCUAAGUCACUGCCUAAUGAUGUUGCUAUUUUCCCUAAGCCAUCCAAUGCCCGUAAGCCUGAUUCUGAUGUUGUUUUUGAGAUUGGGGAGGUCCCGUUCGAGAAGGAGGCUUCUGGAAGCUUCCGUGCUCGUUCAGUGGAUUCUGGAAGAUACGGAUCACACCUGAUGGAUUUUAAGAACCACAAGUCCAGGCUUGGGUCUGGCAGCUUUGGCGUUGAUAAGCCUGUUUGUUUGGGUUCUGGAGGCAUUGGCGUGAGCCCUAAAUUGGGCGACUUGAGUGGGGAGAAGCUGAGUUCGGCUUCUCUUCCGGGAAAUUGUUUUAUUAGUCCCAUUCCCACAAGUGAGAUUGAGCUGUCUGAGGACUAUACCUGUGUUUGGACUCAUGGCCCCUAUCCUAAGGUUACUCAUAUCUUUGGUGACUGCAUUUUAGAAUGUCACAGCGAUUUUUUGAAGAAUAUUGAAGAUACCCCUGAGGCAAGAGGGCAGUGCGACGUUCUUCCACCUUAUCCAUCCGAUGAUUUCUUGAAAUUCUGUUUUUCUUGCAAGAAAAGGUUGGAUGGUGAGGAUAUCUUCAUGUAUAGAGGUGAGAAGGCGUUUUGCAGCUCAGCUUGUCGCUCACAGGAGAUGGAGAUCGAUGAGGACGACAGUGAGUCGUCUGAAAGCCUCCUCUAGCAGCGGCUUGUUCCUACUGAAACACUUGCCAUGAAUGAUGAAACAACAGCACAGGUGCUCUCGUCUGUAUCCUCUUUAACUUAGAGCUGUUCGUGUAUCUGUCUGCGGCCUUGGAUGAUCAUGGAUCGCGUGUGCUGGAUUGCGUUUCAUCUCUCAUGGUGAUAGUGUGUGAGUAGGGCAAGAAGAAGCUGUUUUUUGACUUGGGAACUUUCUAUGAUAGGAUAGAAAGAUAAGCUCUAUAUAUUAAUAUUGGUGAGAUGUUGAAAUGGCUCCCCAAUUUGAUCACCUUGUUGAUGAAUUUUGAAUCCAUAUAAAUGGCUUUUUCUGAGCAUAAAUUUUGAAUUUUGUACACAUUCUUUGAUACUCGGAUUUUGUUGUUAUGUUUUGAGAC